AUGAACAGCCCAGCAGGUCCCCCAAGUCUACUCUUCAACUGCUCAAAUCAACCGAAUUUCUCUUUGGAAACGUCAGAGCAAUGUGGCAAAGAGACACCCCUCGAGAACAUCCUUUUUGCCACUUUCUACUUCCUGGACUUCAUCCUGGCUUUUGUUGGCAACGCCUUGGCCCUUUGGCUUUUUGUUCGGGACCAAAAGUCAGGCACACCUGCCAACGUUUUCCUGAUGCAUCUUGCUGUGGCUGACUUGUCCUUCGUGCUGGUGCUUCCCACCCGGCUGGUGUACCACUUUUCUGGUAAUCACUGGCCAUUUGGUGAGAUCCCAUGCAGGCUCACCGGCUUCCUUUUUUACCUCAACAUGUAUGCCAGCAUCUACUUCCUCAUGUGUAUCAGCGUGGACCGGUUCCUCGCCAUCGUGCAUCCCGUGAAAUCCAUCAAGCUCCGCAGGUCCCUUUACGCCCAUUUGGCCUGUGCCUUCCUGUGGGUUAUAGUGGGGGUGGCAAUGGCACCUCUGCUGCUCAGCGUGCAGACAGUCGAGAUGAACAACACAACCGUGUGCCUGCAGCUCUACAGAGAGAAGGCAUCACGUCAUGCCCUUGUGUCCUUAGCAGUGGCAUUCACCUUCCCGUUUGUCACUACGGUGACUUGCUACUUAUUAAUCAUCCGAAGCCUAAAGAGCGGGAACCGAGUUGAGAAACACCUGAAAGAAAAAGCUAUCAAAAUGAUCAUCAUGGUCCUGAUGAUCUUUCUGAUCUGCUUUGUACCUUAUCAUGUCAAUCGCUACAUUUAUAUUCUCCAUUACAACGGGACAAAAACUUCCUGUGAGACACAGCGUAUUCUAGCCCUCAGUAACCGCAUCACUUCCUGUCUCACAAGUCUGAAUGGUGCCUUUGACCCAGUCAUGUAUUUUUUUGUGGCUGAGAAAUUUCGUGAGGCUUUGUGCAACCUGUUCUGUGUUAAAAAGACUGUAAUGUUGCCUCAAACAUAUGAGGGUAAGACAAAUGAGAGCUCACUAAGUGCGAAAUCUGAACUGUGA